ACUAUUUUCACCACCAGGGGCGCGCCAGGUAUAGUGCUGACAUGGCGGCCUGAACUUGUACAGAAUAAUUUCGAUCCGUGUUUGAAUUCCCACCCUCAACUGUUAAAAACAUUCAUCAUGUCAAGACCAGAAACCAUGGGUUGUAGUAUAGCUGCGUUGGGUGCAGCGUGUUUGUCGGUGGGGAUUCAGUGCUGAACCAAACUAACCUAACCUGCUCGCAAUGUCGGGCCCUUCCCAGGCAUCGCAGCGCUUCUGCCUGCGUUGGAACAACCACCAGUCCAACCUGUUGUCAGUGUUCGAUCAGCUGUUGCAUGAUGAGUCAUUUGUCGACGUCACGCUCGCCGUCGAAGGCCAACUGCUCAAGGCGCACAAGAUGAUAUUGUCCGCGUGCAGUCCUUACUUCCAGACUCUUUUUGUUGGUCAUCCCGAUAAGCACCCGAUAGUGAUCCUGAAGGAUGUUCCCUAUGCAGACAUGCGCUCUCUGUUGGACUUUAUGUACAGGGGAGAGGUCAGCGUAGACCAGGAUCGGCUCACUGCUUUUCUUAAGGUGGCCGAAUCACUACGUAUCAAAGGCUUAACCGAGGUGAACGAAGAGCGCUGUGACAUCCCGUCCAUCGCCUCCUCCCUGCUCCACUCGUCACCUACCCCCACCAACCACCUCCGCCAGCCGCCUCCGCACCUGCACCGCAUCCACCACCAGGGGGGCGGUGGGGGCAAGAGGAGUCUGCCGCCGCCCAUGGCUGCCAACCCGCUGCUCGGCUCGGCACUCACCGCCCCCAAGCGCAAGCGCGGAAGGCCCAGGAAGCUGUCUGGAGGCGGUGGAAGUGUGGAGAGAGGAGGAGAUAGUGAUCACCAGGAGGCGGUGCACCCUGCCGCCAACGAAGACAACUCACCAUCGCACAAUCGCAGUGAUUCCCCGCUUCUUCACCACGCCACCCAGCCGGAACUACUAGAAGUCAACAUGGCCUCCGACUUUUCUUCUCUCGCUGCUCCUUCUGCUAAUCCUGCUCCUCCACCUCCUCCUCCUCCUCCUCCCCCUCCGCGUGCCGCAUCCUCCUCACCGCCUCCUCCGCUUCCGCGUCCCUCGUCCAACUCCAGUCCGCUGCCGCCUCCGCCUCAUGUCGACGAGGAAGCUGAGGAGGACCAGGAUGACCUGAUACCCAACGUUGCUAUCAAACAGGAACUCAUGGAGCCCAUGCCUAGCACAUCGAUGAAUGAUAAUUCAAGGGAUUUCAAACCAGGAUCGCAAGAUGGAGAACGGUUCAUGACGCCUGACAUACCGCCUAUAAGACUUGUACCGCACGCCGAGCUGAUGUCGAAUUGGGGCGGCAAUGGUGGCGAUUUCGCCGAAGACAAAAAACCGCCCUCCAAGAAGAAGUUGCUGAAGAUGAGCGGCGGAGGCAUCGUGAAGAGCGAGACAGGAGCACAGGACACCGACAACAACAACGACUAUAUGGCGGCGGAGAGUGAGAGGGUCAAAGGCACACCCUCUCCCUCGCCCCGCGAUGGAUUAGCGGGGUUGAGCUAUUCGGAGCCCCCGCCCGCCAGACCGGCCACGACCCGUCGGAGGAUCCGGAGACGUGCGACAUCGUCGUCCGACCCGGCCGAAGCGUUAACCGAAAUGUCCGUUCGCGGACUCAACCUCUUUCGCUACGCCAGUCUCUCGGAAGGCAUCUACAAGUGCAUGGAGUGUGCCAAGUCCGACAUCCUCAAAACGUUCAAGAACAAGUACAGCUUCCAGAGGCAUGCGUUUCUCUAUCAUGAAGGUCACCAGCGGAAGGUGUUCCCGUGCCCUGUGUGCUCCAAGGAGUUCUCGCGGCCCGAUAAGAUGAAGAACCACAUGAAAACCGUGCAUGACUGUUUCAUGCCUAAGGAUUGUGUGUUUCCUGGGGUCAACUUUUUCUUGCCAUCGGGGUGUCGCCUGAUUGAUGUUAGAGUCCAGAUUUUACCCAAAGUAUGACUAUUUACUUGGGUGCAGAGUGUACUAAAGUAUGACCACAUAGUGGGAAGUGUCUAUCUUGAACAGAACAGAGUGUCCAAACUAGAAUCACCUAAAUGGGGGGUUGAUGUCUUUUUAAAUAGGAUGAAGUCAUUUUUUAUUAAUUGGUUAAGGGAUGUACCUAAAGUAUGGCUACUUUUUAGGUGCAGAGUUUACUAAAGUAUCACCAGCUAGAAAGUGUGUCUGUUGAACAGAACAGAGUAUCCAAAGUAAAAUCAUUUAAAUAGGAUGAUAUAUUUUUCAAAUAGAAUGAAGUCUUUUCUAUUCAAUUAAUGGGUUAAGGAAUGAGAGUGUACCUGGAGUAUGAGUAAUUGAUGGAAAGUGUCCAUGUUAAACAGAACGGAGUAUCCAAAGCAGAAUCAUCUUAGUAGGAGUAUGUCUUUUUUAAAUAGCAUGAAGUAUUUUUUAUUAAUUGAUCAUGGGAUGGUCGAUUGUACCCAGAAUAUACCACUUAGUGUACACAUAGUGUAUGACCACUUAGUGAAAAGUGUCUAUGUUGAACAGAACAGAGUGUCCAAAGUAGAAUCACCUAAAUAGGAUAUUUUUUUAAAUAGGAUGAAGUCAUUUCUAUUAAACUGAUGGGUUAAGGGAUAGUGUAUACUUUAAGUAUGAUCACUUGGUGGAAAGUAUCUAUAUUAUCUAUGUCUUGAAAAAUGAAGGGGAUUCAUCUUAUUAGUCUGAAACAAAUAAAAAUUAAGUCCAAGUGGACAAUAUAAUAUUACUAACAAUUAUUACAAAAAAUAGAUAUCAUUAAAGGAGAAAAAUAACCAAUUAUCCUCGUUAUUAAAAAUAUACUCCCCGAUUUUAACCGGUCAGAUAAACAAACAAUAAAAUAACAGAACAGAGAGUCUUAAGUAGAAUCACCUAAAUAGAAUGAUAUCUUAUUUAAAUAGCAUAAAAUCCUUUCUAUUAAUUGGUUAAGGGAUGGUAGAUUGUAUCCAGAGUGGUGUAUUCAAUAGCAUAUUUUUUGAAAAGAGUGUUGAGUACCAGUUUAUAUUCAGAAUGUAGGUAUUCCUCGUCAGAUUUACAUGUACUUGAAGUACAUUUACCUGAACAGAGUAAUAUCCUUUCAAAAUAUAUUAAUAAAUACCUCUGUGAGAGAUAAAAUCAAACAAAAACUCCUAUAGUGAAACAUGGGUACAGUCAAUCGUAUACCCAAUUACCCGGUGAGAUAAUUCCCGAAAAAUUGUAUGGUUGCAUACAAACAUUUUAGUCGAUGUUUGUUGAGCUUAAAUUCCAAAUACAGUCAGAAUAUUCCAUGAAAGGUUCAAUCUCGAAAAUACAUUACCCCAAUUUAGUUGAAUUCUUUCAAUGUACGCAUAUUUUUCUUCCUUAAGUGCAUGUGCUCAAGUAAAAAUACACGUUCAGAAAAUGAUUUGGUACGAAAUAACAAAUUGAAGCAUUCUUUUCUUCUUUAAUAAUCUAUGUCAUUAAUACAGUUGAUUUGUAAAUAUUGUCGAUCAUGCUUCUUUUGCAAAAUAACGUAUUGACAGAUUAUUUCCCCCCCUUAAUUCAUUUAAUGAAUACUCUAGAUUUUAAAGUUGUUCUCAUCCAAUCUAUUCAUGUUAACAAUGUCGACCAAAAUGUUUGUACAACAAUACUAUACUGACGUCAGAUAAUUUUCAAUUAUUAUUGAAAGAUUUCAAUGAAAGAUGUAUUGACUUCUUCAUUGGUGCUAAGUAGUUGGUGAUCAUGAUACGUUAUUGCUGCCUAAGUGUAUGCUAAAUAUAAAUGAAUCCUAACUUAUAGAAAGUUAGAAACUGUUGACAAUAUUAGAUAAUUUAUAGAUGAUUGUUAGAUUUCUAUGAGUAUCGUUUAUAGCUGCAAUAUUAAGUUACUAAAUUUCGUAUGCAUGUAGAACUAUAUAGAUUUUGAUUAUUUAAAAAGUUGUUAGUGUUUUAUAGAGUUUUUAAAUUUCGUUCGUGCUUAUAGGCAGUAUAAAAUACUACCAAUAAGAUAUCAUUUACAGAAAAUAUGAAUUUCAAAGUUGUUGAAUGUCAUCGGAGAGUUACUUUGUAGGAAUAAAGUAUUAAUAUUUGUUGUUGACGAUUGAUCUAUACGAUUAUAACAACAACUGUUUCAUUUUUUGCAUGGAAAUUGAAAUUAAUAAACUUAAUGACAUAAUUGUUUUAUAUAACAAUAAUAACAACUGUUGAAUAUUUUGCAUGGAAAUUAAAAUUAAUAAACUUAAUGACAGAAUUGUUUUAUACAAACGAUUUUCAAGCAGUAAGUCAUUUCAAUUUUUUUCAUUUGUUGAACAAUUUCUCAUUAUAACAAUUAAAUCUAUUGCAAUUUUAAUUCGUAUGAAUAUUUAGAUAUUGCAUGCUCUGAGUAUUGAUAUGGGAAAUUUUCAUUCUAAUUUUGAGAAUUACGUUAAAAAAUUAAUCAAACAAACUUAUUUUCCGGAACUGCAUUUGGGUAUUGAUAGAAUAAUUAUAUGUACAUUAUUCUUGAAAGAAUUCGGUUUAAUUUUGAAAAAUGCAUGACAUUUUCAUAAAACCUAGUAGGUUUUUAAUAAGAGGUUUCAGUUUUACCUCGCUGAGAAUAUUGAAGAUUUUAAAUGUGAACUCCCUUAUUUUCUUGAGAAUAUUGCAUGCGAUUAUAAUAUUUUCUUAUCAAUUAUUUCAAGCAGCGAUAAACAUCAAACUCAUGAGUAUUGAAAUUUUACAAAUAAUAUUUUUAUAAGAGGUUCCUUUUUGUCGUGAUUUGUGACAAAUCACACAUUUCAUAAAGAAACAUUUUCAAUGAUAAACUAAGAAAUUUCACAUCAACUAGGUAUCCAUACAGUUAGGCAGCAAACGUAAAAUUAGCUUUUAAUAAAAUCGGAAGGCAUUAUAUAAUGGAUAAGUGCAAUUAACACAUGGAAACAUUCAUGAAUGUUCUCUGUGUAAAACGUUAUAGAAUAAUUGUGAAAGCAAUUGUUGUUUAUGUGAAUAUCUAUAGUUGAAAGCUUUAAGAUCAUUAAGGAACUGUUAUCAUUAAUAAAUGAUUGAAAGGUAUGUUUUUAAGACUUCAAAGACUUUACUAUGAAUGGAAAUAUAAUAUAAAUGUUAUCUUGUAACAGUGUCCUUAUUAAGGAAUAUUUAUGACUAAUUGCAUAUAUAAAGUAUAUAUAUAUAUUAAUCUAAUUAGAAUGUUAUUUUAUAGUGAAAUAUUAUUAUGGAGUUAAUCGUAUUUAUAAUAUAACCAACCAUUGAUCAUAUCGAUUAAUGAGUAUAUUCUUGUAAAAUUAUUUAAUAUAUUCUAUUAUGUGAAAUGUUCUGUUGUACUGUAAAAUUUUAGUUUUAUGUUGUUUUAUUUUAUCAUUAUUCAAACUGUUGAAAUUGGUUGAAAUUCAAUUUACUACUGCAGUAGUGAAGUUGAAAUUUCACUACUGCAAUGAUUAGAUAUAAGCAAAUGCUAUCCAAGCUUUAAAAAUAAAUCCCAGAAUAAUAAUUUCAAAUCUGUCACUAUCAUUAAAUUGUUAGAAUUUCAAAAUGUUUCUUUCUAUAAAUUUGUUUGAUUACUUUUUCGAUUUGUUUCUUCUGCACUUGAAAAGUGUCUUGUCUUUAUUUAACUUUCGCUUUUAAUCUAUGUUAAUUUAGUUUGUAUGUAUGUGUGUAUGAGGGUGUGUAUGAACGUAUGUAUGUUUGUAUGAUGUCGUAUUUUUUUAGGGGGGAGGUUUGAAGACACUUGAGCUUCAGACUUUUUCAUAGUUAGGGAAGUGACAAAUUGCCAGUUGUAUUUCAGGAAUCGAACCCUUAGCUCUCACAAUAUAAAACAGGCAGCAAUCAACUGUAGUAGAAUAAUUAAAGGAAGAUAAAUUUAUCAAAUAUAAGGAGAUUAUAAAAUACUAAGGAUAACUAACAAAACUUGCUAGCAAUAAUAGUGUUUUAUUUCAAAUUUCUAACCUAUUUAAAAAUUAAAUCCAUCUUUACAACAUUUUUUAUAAAAGUAAUAUUUUUCCAUGAAGAUUUUUUUGGAUUGAAAGUUGUCUGUAGAAUUUAAUUGUACAGCUUAUUUUUACCUAACUAUAAAAUAUAUAUUAUUGGGUGCAUACAUUUUCCCUAAAUUAAUCUUAUUUUUUGUUAGUAUAAUCUUGGCGUAAAUACAUUAUUCUUAUAAUUUUUUCUUGUGAUAGUUUAAUAACUUUGGCAAUAACUAGUUACCUUGCAAUUAAUGUAGAAAAUCUCUUCUAUGCUUAGAUAAAAAAAACUAUGAUCUAAAUCAUAUAGAGAAUGAUUUCUUGUUUAUUUUAGAGUAUACUGCUAUAGAUUUAAUUCUAUUCUAUGCUUCUCUUAUAAUCAUGUAGUGAAUAUAUUAGCGCUUCAAAAGCAAAGCAUUCUCAGCUUUUAAAAUCCUCUAAAUCUUACAAAGAUUCAAAAAGAUUUCAAAUCUUUUCAAAGUUUUGUGAUAAAUGUUUCAUUUUCUUUCAAUUCUAUCUUUCUCAGCCCUUAAUUGCUAAUAUAUAAUUUGAAAUUAUUGUUUUGGGAAUGUUUUAUUAAUUUAUAUGAUUAAUAAAACUGGUUACAUUGAUACAAUUUCACCAGUUUGUGAAUAAUAAAAAGCAGUUUAAACGUUUCCGAAGGUAAUCUGUUUAUGAAUUUAUGUUGUUUUUAAUAUCAUUUUGUUAUUUUAUUUCCAAUCAUUUUAACCCCAUAGUUUUAUUUCUUUUCAGAUACCUUUUACAGUCUUUCAUAUUAGUCUUCCAAGAAUUUUUAUUCUGUUUUAUUAUUAUUUUAAUUUAUAUUUCAUUUCAGUUCAAGAAACCCCAGGAUUAUAUCUACAAUGUUUUUAUAUUUAUUUUAGAUUUUUAUUUUCUGUUACUGCUUUUAAUUUGCUCUUAACGCACAAAAAACUGUUGAAUCUUCAGUACUUUUUAUAAGUUUUCCACUAGUUAGUUAAUUCGACUGCUUGUUGGGGCUAAAAAUUUGAAAUUUCUAAAUUUUAUUUAUGUUUAUUUUUCAACAUCUCAUAACAUUUUUCUAUGUAAUUUUUAUAGUUUAAACAUUCAUAUAUAAAACACUUUAUUCAAAGUGUUCAAUUAUUAUGGAAAAUAUUUAAUAUUUUGUUUUGUUUUUCAUUUUUUAAAACUUUUAUGAAUUUUAAAAUUGUUGACUUACAGUUGAUUCCGUUGAACAUAUUUUAAUACUGUUGAAUUAUACUCAUCUAUUUUAAAACGUUGAAUUAUAGUUUGCUACAAGUGCCUUCUAAAGUCUUACGAACUAAAAACUAUUGAAUUCACACACACAAUUUUGAUUGGAAGUUAAAACAUACUUUCAAAAACUACAUGAAACAUUAUUUCAAAUUUAUUUGAAAUAAACUUUGUUUUAAAUCUAUGUAUUUUAAACAUCCAAAUAUUUUAGCAAUAGUUAAUGUAUUUUGUGUUGAACAAAGGCUAACCUAUUCCAAUAAAUAUAUUAUAGUUAAUUAUUAAUAUUUAUGUUUUGUAGUUUGGGAUUGAGUUGUGUAUAAUAUUGAUUAUUAUUUAAAAAAUUGCACAUUCUAAUUUUCAAGCAAUCAUAAAGUAUGUGUUUAAUUCACACAAUAAUGUUAUUCAAUUAUUUAGUUCAUAAGAUUAUAAAUAUUCUAAUAAUUAUUUAGUAUUUUGUUAUUUAUCAAAUUGUCGAUGUUCCAUCAUCAAAAUCAGUUUCGUUGUGGUAAUGUUUUGUUGAUCGGAAACAUUAAAACUGAUAAGUUAGAAACUUCAAAUUAAGUUUGAUACUUCUUGCAAAAGACUUGGUUGAAUGUACAGUUGUAAAAUUAUUAUUAUUAUUAUCAGUAGUUUUAUUUGGCCAGUUUAAUUUGAUUUGGCUUAGUUUGAAUAUUUGUUUGUGCUGUUUCUAUUAUUAUCUAUAUUUGUGUUGACAAUUUUAGUUUUCUUUCAUUUCAUUGCUAGACAAAUUUAUGUAGUUUCGAGCUAUGCAUUUUGGUGGUGUCCUAUUCUUGUUUUAUCAUUUACUUACACUACUUGUCCCAAUAUGAAAUUAUCCCUGUCUCUCAACAUUCUAUCAGAAUAAUAUAAAUUUAUUGGAAAACUACAAAUCUCCACCAUUCUCUCCACUCAAGAUUUUUAAAUUUUCUACUUAAAGAAUUUAGAUUUUUUACUCAGCCUAAUUUUGAACCGCACUCUUAGAACAGUAACUGUUAUUCUUGAAACGAUUCUUAAGAACGGUCUUACUCAAGUAAGGUGUGGCUGCUCAGUAACUAGCUGUUAGAAUCUUUCCAAUUUGUUGCUGGACAUUCAAAACGUGCUCGACUUACAACGUUUUCAGAAACUGUUUUAAUAUGAGCCUUUAACUUAUGCCAUUUUUUCAAUCUACUGAUCAGAAAAAGUAUUGGAAAAAAUCGUGAUUAAUAUAAUAUUUUUGUUUCUCCCCUGUGAACAAUAUACAGAGUCUCUAUUUCUCAUAGAAAUUAUUCAGCAAUUCACAGAACAUAGAUUAAAUAUAAAUUUGUUUGUUGAAUAGGUUACAGAUAGACAAGAUAAGACCAAACUAGGAUCUAAAAUCCUCAUUCUUAUGCUGCUCAAAAAGUACUGCUUCAAUUUUUUUCCAAUUUGAAUUUCAUAAGGGACUUCCCGCAAAUAUAAGCCAUUUGAAUUUACUGUACUCGUUUCUUGUAUAAUAAUAUAUUGUGCACCAUACAGUAGCCUACUUCUAACUAGUUACGAAAGAUUCUGAAAUGAAAGAAAAUUCUAAAAGCAAUAUACUUCUUCCAAACAUGUCUAUGGUAAUAUUUUUAUCUACAGAUUAAAUCUCACACAAGUGCAAUUAAAUAUUUGUUUUGAUUAAUGUAAUAUAAUUACUUAAUUGUUUAUGCAAAUAAUAUUAUCUCCAAUUGUUUUUUUAAUUUCAAAUUUUAUUGGCAGACUCCAAUAAGUGUGUACUGUAAUAUCAUAAUAUUUUAUCCAAUCCUCAAAGAUUUCUUAUAUAUGAAUAAGCAACACAGGGUUUAUCUGAAUGUAGUUGCUUUUAGCAUGGGACCAAUUUCUUAUAAUGUACUUCUUCAUUCACUUCAAGUUAUUUCAUUCUUAUCAUUCUAUUAACUUUCAACUCAUUCACUCCAUAGUUAAUAUCCACUAAUUUAUCAUCAACUUUUGAUUUUAUAUCUAUUUUAUCCGUUUCAACGUCACCUAUUUUCUUUUAGAAUGCACUAAUAAGAUCUCAUAAUUUCUAAUAAAUCAUCCAUCGGUAUGGAUAAAAAACUGUAUUUAAUUUAGACUUGAUCUUAUCGUUUCUAUAAAUAGAUGAAAAUAAAUAAAUAGGAUAAAAUAUCUUUUUUUGUAAAAUAUGGUUGAUUGGGUGAAUGUUGUGUAUUUUAAAAUGAUAGUAAUUAUCUGUUAUCUCACAAUUUUGUUGGUGGUACAUUUUUAUAUACAUGAUUGGUUGCACUGUUUUUAUGAUAAUAUAUUAUUUGUUUUGUUAUUGUUUAUUAUUAUCAUCCUUAACUAAUAACAAUAAUUUUGAUAGUAGUAAUUUUAAUAAUAUUAUUAUGUAGUACAUUUAAAUAUUUAUGAACAUUAUUAUUAAUCAAUUGAAUAUAAUAAUUGUUUAGUAGAACUAUUGUAAUGGUUUUGAAAAUUCUACGUUUCUAUCACCAUUUGAAGAAAAUUAAAAAAGUAACCGACAAGUAAUAAAUAAUAAAGACAACUAAUUAUUGUUUUUAACAAUUUAUUUAUUCAAUCUGACAGGAUUUAAAUAUCAGUAACGUUUUAGAUAAAUUAGAACGGUAGAAAUUGUUACAACUUAUUAUGAAUUACAAAAUAAUUUCAAUAAAUGUGUAGAACUACCUCCAA